CGGGCCUGGCACCUGUGACUCCCCGCAGGCUGUAGCGUCGCCCUCGCGCCCGGCGCCCGCCGCCCAUGGCCCCGUCUCGCAGGCAGCUCGGCCUCCGCGCCGCCUACUCCGGCCUCAGCUCCGUGGCCGGCUUCUCCAUCUUCAUCGUGUGGACGGUGGUCUACAGCCAGCCGUGGACGGCGGCCAUGGGGGGACUCGCAGGUGUGCUGGCACUGUGGGUCCUGGUGACGCACAUCAUGUACAUGCAGGAUUACUGGAGGACCUGGCUCAAGGGGCUGCGUGGCUUCUUCUUCGUGGGCGUCCUCUUCUCAGCCGUCUCCAUUGCCACCUUCUGCAACUUCCUUGUGCUGGCCAUCACCCGACACCAGAGCCUCAAAGACCCCAACAGCUACUACCUGUCCUGCGUUUGGAGCUUCAUUGCCUUCAAGUGGGCCUUCCUGCUCAGCCUCUACGCCCACCGCUACCGGGCUGACUUUGCCGACAUCAGCAUCCUCAGCGAUUUCUGACCCAGGGGGUGAGAUCUCGGCACCCUGGGGUCCUCAGGACCUGGACUCAGCUUCUGAGACAUCAGGUGGGACUGUCCCACCCCUGGGGUACCCCAGCACCGUGGCAGGAAAUACACAACAGGAAGACUUUGGUCUCCCAGGACACUGUCCCCGUCCACUUUGGGGGAGACCUGGGGGUGAUGGAAAGGGGUCCUGCUCUGUUGCUCCUCAUUAGCCUGGCUGGAGGGAAGCUUUUCAAAUAGAUCUAUUUUCUUAGCGCUCAGUGAGGAAGCUUUGUAAGGGCCAAGGCAACAGUUGAGGGGCAAAGAGGCCUUGACCCAUGCCUGGGGGCAGGUGAUCUGGUCCCUGCUGCCCCAGGGACCUUCCCUCAGACCAGGGUGGAAACCUGGGAAGGGAAGGUCAAGUAAGGGGUCUCCAGUAGAGACCUCACCCCAAACCCCAGCAUCCCAUCCUGUUGUUCCCCCAAGGUCUUGGGCAGACAGUUCAGUGUCCCUGUCCCACCCUGAGCUGGCCUCCCGAGCGUGCUGGUCAGUCAUCUCCGUCACCACCCAAGUCCUCCCUCUUACACGCACCACACACCUCAGAGCAGGACUCCCCACCUGAGGCCAGACUAAGGAUCUUGGGGAAGGUGCUCCUGCCCCCAGAAGGGCUUGAGUAGGGGGCAGCAUGGUGUAGGCCGGAAGGACCCCAGAUCUGUGCCAACACACCUGCAGCCCUGCAUUUCCACUCGGCCUGCUCACACCUGCCCCUGGUUACACCCAGAACACCCCCUGCUAUGAGAUGCCCCCCCCAACUCCUGCCCCUCACCUAGAGCUUAUAUCUUUUUUUUACCUCCCUCUUGAAGGAUAAACCUGCUCUCUGCCCAUACACUGGCCCAAGGGCUCCCCUGACUCGGGAGGGAAGAGGCUACUGAUAUGUGUGUCUUUAUGUUAGGUUGCCAUUUUGCACGGUCUACCCCUUUCCCUCCUCAGCUCUUUGCCUUAUCUGUGUUACUGUCACUUAAGCAGAAAUACAGCGACUGUUUGUAUCAGA